GCUCUCGUCUACAUUCACGUCAGAUCGAUAUUUUCGCGCGUCUUUUCCACCUAAAUUCACGGAUGUUAUCGUAUAUUUUAGCUGAAAGUUGCAUUAUUUGAUAGGACUGCUUUUAAUUUAAUUUAUUUUCGCCAAUGUUGCUGUAAUUGUGUAUGUACAUAAAAAGACUGAGCACAAAAUUAUUAAAUUGAACAAUCGUUUGCCAAUGCGACUGGUUGGACUCGGAUCGAUCAACUAUGUCGGAACUGGUGAAUUUUCAAAAAAUCGAAAAAAUCGGACAAGGAACGUAUGGGAUUGUUUACAAGGCCACAGAUGUAAAAACAAAAAAAUUUGUUGCACUGAAAAAGAUCCGACUGGAAAGCGAAACUGAAGGGGUCCCGUCCACAGCAAUCCGUGAAAUUUCACUGCUUAAGGAUCUGAAUCAUCAUUCGAUUGUGCAAUUAUUUGAUGUCGUAAUCGCUAACGCCAGUUUGUACAUGGUAUUCGAGUACUUAGACAUGGACCUGAAGAAACUGUUGGAAAAGGGAAAACAUUGUUUCACCCCUGCUUUGGUGAAGAGCUACAUGUAUCAAUUAUUGGACGCAAUUGCGUAUUGUCAUGUUCAUCGCAUUUUGCAUCGAGACUUAAAACCACAAAAUCUGUUAAUUGACUCCGAAGGCCACAUAAAAUUAGCAGACUUUGGUUUAGCUCGAUCAUUUAAUAUGCCAGUCAACUCUUUGACGCACGAAGUAGUAACGUUAUGGUAUCGUGCACCGGAAGUUCUGCUAGGCACUAAAUUCUACGCAACUGGUGUUGAUAUCUGGAGUCUUGGAUGCAUUUUUGCUGAAAUGAUUCUUCGAAAGCCUUUGUUCGCUGGAGACAGCGAGAUUGAUCAACUCUUUCGCAUAUUUCGGGUAAUGGGUACAGUUACUACGGAAAAUUGGCCCGGAUGUGUACAUCUUCUUGACUACAAGACUUCCUUUCCGAAAUGGGAUCCAGCGCCAUUACCGCCGGCAAUUGUGCAACAUAAGGCUGACGACUUGUUUAUGAAAUUGAUGAUCUAUGAUCCGAACCGCAGAAUUUCGGCCAAGAAUGCAAUGCUAGAUCCAUACUUUGACGAUGUAGCUCUAGUAUCAAAUAUUGACUUACCUUUAGACUCGACUGUAAAUGGUUCAUUUAAUGUCCAUUCGGAUUAAAAUUGUUUAUUUUUGGCUAAAAAAAAAUUGAUGACUCAGAAGUUCAAUAAAAGUUUUUCCAUUUUCAAAAA